ACUUGGUCUAACUACUUGCAGGACUAAAUGGCAAAUUCAAAAAAUAUUGCACUCUAUGUAACAAUAUGUGUGGUUUCUUUUAUCAUCUCGAAGAUUAUUAUGACAAUCGUCUGUUACCGUAGAUGGAAGAGAAAGCAAAUGGUUGUUCAAGACAGCUUAUCUGGUGGAAAGCUAGUGAUGUUUCAGUCGCCGAAAAUGAACACGUUGAAGUCCAACAUGUUCUUGAAAAGGACCAUGAAGCUGACUAACAAAGAUAUUAUAGGAUCAGGAGGCUAUGGAAUUGUCUAUAAACUGACAAUUAACGAAUCAAUUUCUUUCGCGGUAAAGAGGUUAAACAGAAUAAGUGCAGAACAAGACAGAGGUUUUGAAAGAGAGUUGGAGGCAAUGGGGGACAUAAAGCAUCGAAAUAUAGUGACACUUCAUGGAUACUACAGUACAACUCAGUACAACCUUCUGAUAUAUGAGCUUAUGACUAAUGGAAGUUUAGAUGAAGUACUUCAUGGAAAAUCGGCUGCCAGGAAGGUUUUGGAUUGGCCUUCAAGAUAUAAAAUAGCAGUAGGAGCAGCAAGAGGAUUAUCAUAUCUACAUCACGACUGCAUCCCUCACAUUAUCCACAGAGAUAUUAAGUCAAGCAAUAUCUUGUUGGAUCAUAACAUGGAGGCUCGAGUAUCUGAUUUUGGACUAGCCACUCUGAUGGAACCAGAUAAGACGCACGUUUCAACUUUGGUAGCAGGAACUUUUGGAUAUUUGGCUCCUGAAUAUUUUGACACCGGAAAAGCAACAGUAAAAGGAGAUGUUUACAGCUUUGGAGUUGUCUUACUGGAACUUCUAACUGGGAAAAAGCCAUCAGAUGAAGCAUUUUUGGAGGAAGGAACCAGGCUUGUAACUUGGGUGAAGACAGUUGUUCAAGAGAAAAGAGAAGAGUAUGUACUUGACAAAAACUUAGAAGAGUUUCCCAUAGAUGAAAUUAACCAUGUAUUUAACAUUGCAUUGAUGUGCCUUGAGGCAGAUCCAAGUAACAGACCUACUAUGGCACAAGUCAUUAUAAUGCUUGAGCAAAUAAAGAUAAAUGCUUUGGCAUGA